GUCAAUGUCAAGCAUCAUUCGUUCGUUCGCCCCGUGUUUUGAUAAACAAAUACGUCUGCAUUUCUGCGAAAAAUAUUAAUUAUUUACGGAAUUUUCUGCGAUUUUCAACAUGGGACGCAGAAAAAGCAUUGCGGAUGAAGAAGACAGGGCGUCUCGGGACAAACGGCUGAAAGUUCAAUUGGCACAAUGCAAAUCGAAAUUGACGAAAGCAGAAAACUUUUUGCGUGAACAGAAAGGACCUCUAGAUACGGAUGCUAUUACCCUCCGGCUGCAGCUAUUGGAGAAAGUUUUACUGACCGUGAACGAUCUUUUGCUAGAAAAGCAAGUUUUAACUUGGAGCGACGACGACGAGUUCGACGAUGAUGGACUAGAAGAGAGAUGUCUUAGCGUGAUAAUAAGCUACAAGAAGGCGCUCGCGCAGGCAAGUUCGUCGAAGCAAAAUACAUCAGCUAGUGAUAGUGCCAGUGACAGAUAUUCAUCAAUGAAACUUCCUGAAAUUGACAUUCCAGUGUAUGAAGGAAAGGACUACACCAAGUACCAAUCGUUUAUCGAACUAUUCACGGCUAUUAUUCAUAGAAAUGGUAAACUAGAACCUAUCCAAAAGUUAUUCUAUUUAAGAAAAUAUUUGAAAGGGGAGCCGUUGUCACUUAUUGAAGGGCUACCCUUAACGGGUGAUUCUUAUGAGAAGGCAUUGGCUUUACUCAAAGCUAGAUAUGAUAAUAAGUUUCUCGUUGUUACAAACCAUGUACAGGCAAUCUUGGAUUUUUCGCCUAUUGUGAAGGGUGCUGCCAGCAAUUUACGAGAGUUAAUAGCUCAUGCUCGUCAACAUUUAGGAGCCUUGAAGACCCUUGGACAGCCCACUGAACAUUGGGAUAUGAUAAUUUUACCCAUUUUGUUGCGAAAAAUAGAUCAGUUUUCUUGCAGAGCAUACCAUAGUGAGCGUGUUGAUAACAAGCUGCCAAAUCUGGAUGACUUCUUUGCAUUCAUUGAAAGAAGGGCCAGCAGCUUCGAGGAGAGCCAAAGGAGCGAAGACCGUCACAUAUGGGUUGAAGUCCUCCAGUUAUCUGGCCACAAGGUGCCUGGAAGAACUAGCACGCCAGUACGAGGCUGAGUUCCCUAGGGCGGCAGCUGUGAUCCGGAAUUCCAUGUAUGUAGAUGAUGCGCUGUUUGGAGGUCAGUCAAUAAAAGAGGCAUUGGAGGUAAGAGAUCAGCUUAUUUCAUUACUUCAGCGAGCCGGCUUUAGCUUACAUAAAUGGGCCGCCAGUGAUCCUCGUCUUCUUGUUGACAUUCCAAUCAGUAAGCAGCAUUUUGAUGAACAUGAGCUCUGCAAAGAAAACUUAUCUAUAAAAGCACUCGGCGUAACGUACGAUGUCAAAAGCGAUACGUUAAAAGUGGGUUGUCCUAUCAAAAAUAUGCAUGGAGACUGGAGCAAGCGUUCCGUGCUUAGUGUCAUAGGGUCCUUCUUUGACCCUCUCGGGCUGGUAGGGCCAAUCACAGUCCGAGCUAAAGAAUUUUUACAAAAAUUGUGGAUUGAAAACUUAAAAUGGGACUCUCCCUUACCUGAUAAAAUAUUAAAACAGUGGAAACAAUUUUACUGUCAACUUACAACUAUGUCAGCUAUUUGUGUAAAUCGUAACAUAAUGUGUUCUAAUGCACAGCGUGUUGAGCUGUAUUGUUAUUGUGAUGCGUCACAAACAGCAUAUGGAUGUUGCAUUUAUGUAAAAGUAAUACAUAACAAUAGUGCAACCACUACUCUACUUUGUGCUAAAUCUAAAAUAGCUCCUAUUAAAAACAAAUUGACUGUGCCUCAAUUGGAAUUAAAUGCAGCAUUAAUUUUAGCGAAGUUAUAUGACAGAGUCAGAAUAAACUACUCAAAUAUUAAAAUUGAUGCCAAAUACAUGUUUUCGGAUUCACAAGUUGUGCUGUGCUGGCUUAAGUCAAACAAAAACUUGAAGGCUUAUGUACAAAAUAGAACAAAUGUUAUUCGGUCGUUGACUAAUGAUUGUAAUUGGUAUCACAUUGAUGGCGCGUUCAAUCCGGCAGACUGCUUAUCUCGCGGAUGUGACCCGGCCGAGCUUGCCUCUAACACCCUGUGGUGGAAUGGUCCACCACAGCAUUCUAAACCUAAUUAUGUGCCUGUAGAAUCCUUGGUAAGCUGCAAUCACCUGUUGUGCUCUGCUCCUACUUACGAUACACGGGAGGUCGGCUUGAGCGUGACAUCAACUGUGCCUGAAAUACCUGAAAUAAUUUUAAAAUAUUCCUCUUGGAACAAAACUGUAAGAAUAAUGACUUGGGUUCUUAGAUUUGCAUAUAACUGUAAUAAUAAAAAUAAUAGGCUAAAACAUAACUUAACUAUACAAGAAUUAAAAAACACAGAAAAUAAAAUAUUUAAUAUUGUACAAAAUUCAUAUUUUGUUCACGAAAUUCAUUGUAUUAAAAAUAAGCAUCCUAUAGGAUCUCAUUUAAAAUCAUUAACUCCGUUUCUAGACAACAAUAAAGUAUUAAGAGUUUCUGGCAGAUUACAAAAUGCUUCAAUUCCAUAUUCACAAAAAUAUCCUGUUAUUUUACCAAAAAAUUGUCACAUUACGGAUUUAAUUAUUUUAAAUGAGCAUUUAGCCUUAUUGCAUGCGGGUCCAAAAAUGACCAUGUCUAAUCUAGCACUGCGUUACUGGAUUAUAAGCUGUAAUCGAGAGGUAAAAAAGAUUUUAAACAAAUGUGUUAAAUGUUAUCGUUUUAAAGCUCAAUGUGCUGAACAGUUAAUGGGUUCAUUGCCCACUGAUAGAGUUAACCAGGCUAGUACCUUCAGCAUUGUUGGUAUUGAUUACUGUGGCCCAUUUCAAGUUAAGCAAUCUAGCCUUCGAAGGAGUGUGGUCUCCAAAGGUUAUGUUAUAGUGUUUGUGUGUUUUGUCACCAAAAGUGUGCAUUUAGAGUUGGCCUCAGAUAUGACUUCGCAAUGUUUCAUUGCAGCCUUGAAACGAUUCAUUUCAAGGCGCGGGUUGCCACGCGUUAUCCACUGCGACAACGCCAAAACUUUCAAAGGUGCGGAUAAUUCUCUUAAAGAGUUGUACAAGCUACACAGCUCUACUCAACAUCAAUCGACCGUAAUUAAUUUCGCCUCUUCAAAGGGCAUCAAAUUUGAUUAUAUACCCAGUUAUUCACCAACGUUCGGCGGGCUCUGGGAAGCCGCCGUUAAAAGCGCAAAGUUUCAUUUUAAAAGGAUAAUUGGUCCCAGCAUUUUCAACUAUGAAGAGUUUAAUACAAUCAUCAUAUCGGUAGAAGGUAUAUUGAACUCUAGGCCUUUGACGGCUCUGUCUAGAGACCCUUCGGACCUAUCAUGCCUAACACCAGGCCACUUCUUAAUAGGUAGACCGAUAACGACCAUCCCAGAGGCUGACUGUGUUUCAGUGCCUACCAAUAGGCUUCGAUUUUGGAGACGAUGCACACAGAUACAGCAAAGUUUUUGGCAUGUAUGGCAUAAGCAAUAUUUGUCGUUAUUAAAUAAUCGGCCUAAGUGGCACCAUAAUCAACCCAACAUAGAGGAAGGUGCUUUAGUACUUUUAAAGGAUGAGCGCUCUGCUCCACUCAGCUGGCCAUUGGCUAGGGUUACAAAGCUGAUUUCAGGACCCGAUCAGAGGGUGAGGGUAGCAGAAGUGAAAACUUCUUGCGGCAUGUCACGUAGAGCCAUUAAUAAAUUAUGUAUAUUGCCAAUAGAAACAUGAAAAUAAUAUUUAAAAAGUGUUUAUUUUUCUCAUAAAAAUAGUUAAAAAAAAAAAAAGGUUUAUUUUUUCUAAUAUAAGCAUAGCUUAAGAGUCUAAAAGUUCAUAAUAUUUUUGUAAAAAUUGUAUAACUUAAUAUUAGUUAAUAUGGCUCUUGCGUUAUAGUAGGGUGCGUAGUGCAGUUGUCAUUGAGUACAUUCUCUUAGUACGGUUUCCGUCGCAUUAUGUGGCACUUUAUAUUUGUACCCCUGUUGUACGCACCGUGCUAGAUCGCUAAUUAUUAGGUGGUCGGAGUUGUAGUUUUUCAGUUGUAAGUUUAGCACCCGGCCCUCGGGAAUAUGUUUGCAACAACCAUU